CCAAUCAGAAGUCUCGACACUAGCCAAGGGUUUUACCUAACCUGCUGGAGGUUCAGGCGUUCAGACUCCUGUCAAAAUUUUAAUCAGUGAGAAGGCAGCAGUUUCUUAUUUGUUGUGAUGAUACAGUCGAUGCACGUCGUUGAUGUAACUUUCUCCGUGUCCUCUCUCUUCUUUAUCUAGCGGAAGGUGCACCCUACAAUCAUGGAGUUUUGAAAAAGACUGAGAAUUUUGGGGGGAAGUGGGGGCUUUCCCCUCAAUUUUAUGGUUAAACUGCAGGAUGAGAAGGUCGGAGGAUUGUUGAAAUCAUUGCCUUUUGUAAAUUACUAUAGGAAAACUAUUUUUGCAAACACUGAAAUGUACAAUUUUGUAUAAACCGUAUAAGACACUUUGUAUUUAUUGAAUACUAAAUGCCAUUGUAUGCUGCACGCACUGUAGUUUGUGUUCAGUUUUUGGUUGAAAUGGUGGAUUGAAACAAGUUGUGCAAAGGCUGUGGAGUUGCUAGGGUGCGGUGGAACUUCAACACAAGCACAAUUCUAGCACUCCAAACCAAAUUGACCUUUAGUUGGUAUAUUGUCUUUGUAGUUUUUUUUUUCUUUGUGCAGAGCAGCUCAGUUAUAUUACAUUUUAGUUUUGGUUUGCUAGCUCCCAUUGUAUUAUUUCUAAGUUUUUUGUAAUUGUGGGUGCUGGGCUGUCAGAAGGACUUGGGAAUACAAAAGGGAGGAGAGUUACUGAAGAUUCGUGAAAGGUCAGGAUGAGUCUGGCACUACCAGACUGCACUCCCAAAUGCCGCUCACAAGAACAUGCCGACCAGGUUGUAGCAGCGCUAACGGGCGGCUCUGAGGGCCAGUUGCGGGCGUUCUUGACUUCGUACUGCCACAAUGCAGCCACCCUGCGGGAUGCUUUUGGUCGCACAGCCCUGCACCUGGCAGCCUCACUGGGAAAAAAGGCCCUGCUGGAGUGGCUGGUGGAGAGUAAAGGUGGUGACCUGAUGGUGAAGGAUAAGGAGUCUGGCUGGACCGCUCUGCAUCGCAGUGCUUUCUAUGGACAGAUCCACUGUCUCAUAACACUGGUCAAGCAUGGUGGUCUUCUCUCCACCCAUGACAGGGAGGGUCUCUCUGUCCUGGACCUUACAAUGAAGGACCGACCAACUCAUGUUGCUUUCAGAAGCACUGACCCAACUGAAGUCUACACAUGGGGGAACAAUACAAACUUCAGUCUCGGACAUGGUAAUCAGGAGAGCCGACAGCACCCUGAACUUGUGGAUGUGUUUUCCAGGACUGGAGUUUACAUCAAGCAGGUGGUCCUGUGCAAGUUCCACUCUGUGUUCCUGUCUCAGAAAGGCCAGGUGUUCACCUGUGGGCAUGGACAAGGGGGACGGCUUGGCCAUGGAGAUGAACAGACUUACCUGGUUCCUCGGAUGGUCGAGGGCCUGAUGUCCCACCACUGCUCCCGGGUGGCAGCAGCUAAAGACCACACAGUGGUGUUGACGGAGGAAGGCUAUGUUUAUACUUUUGGCCUCAACACCUUCCACCAGUUAGGUCUGACGCCUCCUCCUGCCUCAGCUAUUGUCCCCAAGCAGGUAUUUUCCAAGACGCUGAAGGGCAGGACAGUUACUGGAGUUGCAGCAGGAAGGUUCCACACUGUGCUGUGGACCAGGGAGGCUGUCUAUACAAUGGGACUCAAUGGAGGCCAGUUGGGUUACCUGCUGGACCCUAAUGGGGAGAAGUGCGUGACAAACCCCCGGCAGGUAUCAGCGCUGCACCACAAAGAUCUUACCAUAGCUAUGGCAGCAGCUAGCGACGGAGCAACAGUAGUUGUGACUGAUAAGGGGGAUGCCUACUUGUUGGCUGACUAUCAGUGCAAGAAAAUGGCUUCAAGGCAGCUCAACAUCAAGAAGGUUCUGGUCAGUGGCGGCAGUCUGGACCACCGUGUGGAUCCACAGGUCCUGAAUGAGGGGGUAGGGGAAAAGGUGGCCAUCUUGGCAUUAGAUGAGGCUGGAAGGGUGUUUUGCUGGCGUUCUUCCGGCAGCUCGGUGAGACAGUGCCGGUGGGCGUAUGGGCGUCAGGUGUUCAUGUCUGACAUAGCUCUCAGCAAGAACAGCAUGAUGUUUGUGACUCAGGAGGGUGAAGGCUUCAGUGGCGUGUGGGCUGGAGAAUAUAAGAAGUAUGGUGAGAAGAAAGGGGUUAGUGUGGAGGUUUGUGGCCAUUCGGACACUGGGGCAGUGUAUGAGCGAAUCCGCCUGGAGAAACUCCCAUAUGUCCAUAGAGCUGUCAGCAUCACAAUGGACUCUAAAGGUCGAAAUUUUGGAGUGCUUCAGGCCGACCCCAAAACAAGCUUGUAUGAGAUUCCCAGCAUUUCUCCAUCCUUGUUCUCACAACACUUCCGGAGUCUUCUGGAUGAAGCAGAUGAAAUGGACAGCAUCCAUGAUGUGACUCUUCAGGCUGGUGAUCGCACCUUCCCGGCUCAUAAAUACAUUUUGUCCAUGAGGUCAGAGUUUUUCCGCAAACAGUUCAUGUCUGAGCAUCGUGGAGUCGAUGAGGACCUUGAUAAGGAAGUGAGGAAGAGCGAAGAUGCCGUGGGCUGUGAUUUACUUGUUUUGGAGAAAAUCCCAGCAGAUAUGCUGGAAUUAGCCCUGCACUUCAUCUACACAGACUCCUGCGAGCUACUGGUACACAGAUCUCGUCCCAGAGUCUCAGGGGUCCUGACAAGGCUAAACCAGGACUCUGAGCAGGGCAAGCUUAUCAGCAGCCUGCAGGACUUGGGCCUGAGAGGUUGCCCAGCCCUUGAGGCGUACUGCUCCCUUCCCCCUGAAACCAAAGCAGAUGGCAACAAGCCCAAGAGCUCCAAGCCUGGCAAGAAGGGGAAAGGAAGCAAAGGUGACAAGGCUGGAGCCAAUGAGGGAGAGGCCAACCCUGUAAAAACAUUACAGGGUGUUGCAAAGAAGCUGGGCCUGGGUGGCCUGUCUGCACGGCUGGACGGAGUCAAGUAUGAAAAUGGAAAGAUCAGUGUUAUACACAAGAAAACUGGCAACAAACCCAAAUUCUACCAGAAGAAAUGCUCUUAUCUUUGUGAUGUUACACUCAAAUCUGAAGAUGGGCAAGAGUUUCCUUGUCACAAAUGUGUCCUCUGUGCAAGACUAGAAUAUUUCAACAGUAUGCUUGGAAACCCCUGGAUUGAGGCCACUUCUUGUACUGCACUGGAGAUACCUGUUGGCUCAGAGAUUCUGCAGGUCAUUCUCGAGUAUAUUUACACAGAUGAGUCUCCCACAAUUAAAGAGUCUCUGAAUGUAGAGUUUGUUUGCAACGUAUUGGUUGUGGCUGACCAGUUGCUCAUCACACGACUCAAGGAGAUGUGCGAGGUUGUCAUCACAGAGAACUUGACCCUGAAGAAUGCUGCCGAGCUGCUGGAGUUUGCCACCAUGUACAGUGCAGAGCAGCUGAAACUCUCCUGUCUGCAGUUCAUUGUGCUCAACAUGGCUGCCAUGCUGGAGUUAAAAGCUCUGGAUAUUCUUAGUGAUGAAGUGCUCUUGGAGCUUUCUGCAGCCUACAGGAAGAUGAUCCCAGCCAUGCAGAAGAGGGUUAUCACUCCAUACCCUGGUGCUCCAGACCUCAGUGUGUAUGAGGAUGAGGAUUUGGAUUCAGCCUUCAGCCCAAAACCAGAAGCAGAACUGGAUCACUCCUGCAGGGAAAUCCUGUUAAAAAAGGCUAAGUUGAAGGCUAAAAAACGACGCUCUGACAGCUCAGGGGGCUACACACUCUCUGAUAUCAUCCAGAGUCCCCCUGCUACAGGUACGUCCGUCUCUCCUUGUGUGAUGAAGUCAGGCAGGGCUAACUCGACAGAGUCCCUGCAGGAGCUACUCACAUCGGACUCUGAAGGCAGCUAUAUGGGGGUGGCCAGUCCCCGAGACAUGCAGUCUCCUGUCUUCCAUGACAGAGUUGAGGAUGAGAAGGUUGUCAGUCAGAGGCUGAAGACUCCACCCAGCACUCCAGCCUCCCUGUUGAACUGCUUCUCGACUCCCCCCAACUCUGCUCCACAAGCCAUCUCCAAAGUCCUUCCAUGUCCUGCUCGUCCACCCCCAGUUUUGGACCUGAGAACCAUCAUGGACAUGGAAGCCAACUCUCUGCAGACCCUCGGAGCAACUCCUAAAAGCCCAGGAGGUGCCAACACCAGCAUCAAGCACUCCUCUGCUCCCACUAAACUGUCCCAGAAGCAGAGGAAGAUGUUGGCCAUGGCCCACAAGGAGACCAGUGUAGAGUCCACUUCAUCCAAAGCAGCCCCCACAGUCACCACAUCAAAAAGCACUGGGAAGGCCUGGGCAACAGCAGUCCAGUCUCCACCCUCGUCAUACUCAUUUCGGGCGGUGCUGGAGGAGGAGGAGAACCGACUGAUUAGGGUGGGACAAACAGGAACACAGAGGGGCCAAGGUGUCCAAGGAUCACCUGUCACUCCUACACCUGCUGCCAGGAAGGUCACGUUCAAAUGUGGAGAAACUAGUGAGCCAGAGAGACCCACUGGACCCUGGGUGCUGGGAGCAGUGGGCAGCCCUCCUCUCUCCUCCCUGAUGACUUUUGCCUCCAUUGUGGAGGAAGAGAAGCAGCAGGAAGCUGCAAUGAGAUACCCAUCCUCACUCUUUCACAUUCUUACUGUGUCACCCAUGUCUCCCCUUAGACCCUGGGUGCUGGGAGCAGUGGGCAGCCCUCCUCUCUCCUCCCUGAUGACUUUUGCCUCCAUUGUGGAGGAAGAGAAGCAGCAGGAAGCUGCACUGAUCCGCAGCCGCGAGAAGCCGUUGGCGCUUAUCCAGAUUGAAGAGCGGGCCAUCCAAGACCUUCUGUUCCAUUAUAAGGCGCGUGACAACCCUGAUGAGCUGAUAGUGAUUGAGAGGUCUUGCAGAGGUCCUAUUGCAGCACCAACAUGGAACAAACACUGAUGUUUAACAGCACAGCCGCUACAUACCAUCAGAAUGAGAAUAUCCCUUGCAGAUGUCUUAUCGUUGGAAGUGUUCCUGCUGCAGCUUUGGCCAAAACAUCAUUAUCAGAUCCAUCAGCUUGUGUUGAGGUGUACCUCAGGCUCAUCCAGCCAGUUCAACACGAGUCUGAGGCAAAUCAAUGCUUGUCUCUGCAGUGUUUAACUUUUGUUACUGCUUCUCAACAUUCUGUGUGUGUGUGUGUGUGUGUGUGUGUGUGUGUGUGUGAGUGAGAGAGAGAAUGAGCGAGUGGUGUUUGGUCCUGAAGAGCAUUUUUGGGCCUCACUCAAACAUUUUUUUUUCUUUCCCUUUUGUUCAGUGGUGUCAUAUCUCAACUCAGCAAACCAAUGAUAUGAAAAGUAAACAAAAUCCCAAAUAAAUAUUGUUAGUGAUGUGUAUGUAUAAUUGCCACUGAAAUGUAGAUGUUAAAGCCACAAACUGGGUCCAAACUACAUCACCUCGAGGGCCUGUGUGUGUUAAUCCAAAAGUUCUCAACGUGAUUACAAAAAAGUGCCAAUUAUGAACUGUGGUAGAGCAUUAGCUGUACUUAAAGUCAAGUGAGCUGUUUACCAUCACAGUACAUUUAGUUUAUUUUGACUUGCCCCUUGAGCUGAUUGCAGUGGUAUGAUAGUGGUGCUUCAGUUAGUAAAUAUGGAGUUUACAAGAGAAAUGCAUAUUUAAGUAUAUAAAUUAAUGCAGUUAUAGUGAAAAGGAUUAUUGUGGGGAACUGGCUUCCUAACCCCUGAUGUUUUCAGUUUCAUGUUUUAGAGGCUGUGGUGUGCCUUUUACCAAAUAAUGACCACAUUGACUCAGCAACAGCACGUAAAAUAUCUUAUUUCCUCAUUUUGUUGCGUUAUCAUUUAGUUUUGUUUUUUGAUGCCAAUGUCAGCUUGGUAUAGGUACCUCAGUUUUGGGUCAUGUAUUGUUAAAUGCAAUGUGAGGACACAAGGAUGUGAAGCUGAACGGCGUGCAAUAAAAUGUCAUCUGUGCAAUAACUGUGUGUCUUGUCUGU